AUGUCGUACACCAUGGACUCUGCCUCAGCAGGGGAACCCCUUCGCAUUGGCAUGGAUUUGGUGGUGACGGCUCGCACUCGUCAGGAUUAUACGGACAAGGUAAACAAGUUCGAUGAGGUCAUUCCGGCGACCUUCUGGAGCACUGCUAUUCAAUCUCUGUGUUCAGAGUUUCAGCUGCACCGCGGGCAGGUAGUGGAAGCCGAUGGGGGCAUCAAAGUCGUAGUAGACUCCAAGGCGGUGCGGCGCCAAGGGCUCCUUCUCGGAGCAGAGGAGCAGGGUCCAAGGAUGUCCAAGGUAAUGUUUCUGAUAGGGACAGAGAUGGACUUCGUGAGCAAUGAGGUGGGUAAUGAGUUCGUGUUUAACAACCCCAACAAGAAGUCAGAGUGCGGCUGCGGGCAGAGCUUUAACGUUUGA